UUCACUUGAACUGAGACGCCUUCUUUCUGGGCUGGUGACGCGGCUAAACUAGGAGCUCAUCAACAAAACAGGCAAAGAAGAGGAAAUAACAAUGAUGUUUUUUGUUUUGUGUUUCUGAUGAUUCCCAGGCACAACAAGCCGGAUUAUAAAGCAUUUCAGGGCUUUAUAUUUUGUGGGUUCAAACAAAAGCCGAAGAUAAAAACCCAGGAUUCCCUGUAUAUUAUUAUAUAUUUUUUUACAUCUGUUGUCCAUAUGCGUCCAUUAUUAUACUGCUGUUGCUUAUGUAAAUAUUGUUAUGGUUGAUUGUGAUGUAUAUAUUAUAUACCUUUAUUAAGCUAACAUGUUGGAUUUUUUUUUUGGUAUAAAAUAAGAUUCAUCAGAACGGGACGGAUAACAGACCCAUUGUCGUGGGCCUUUGGUUUUUUGGUUCAUUUUUAUUUUUCUGUUUCUGAUUUUAAUGGGUUUAUUCUUGGAUUGCUUGGAGGAUACCUGACGACAUCUUAAGUUAAAGGCUCUUUUCCGUUAUUUUUGAAGCUGCUAAAGUAAAACCACGGGGAUUAAAACGAGACCUGUAAGGAGGGGAGAAAGUGGAACUGAAAAAGUGAUUUUGGCCCUUCUUGCAAGAUGAUGUGCGAGGUGAUGCCAACGAUCAGUGAGGCUGAGAUUCCAUCAGGCGGAGGUGGGGGCGGGGGUUCGGGCUCUCCCCUCCAGUCGGACGCUGAUGGUCAUUUUGAGUCGCUGAUGGUGUCAAUGUUGGAGGAGCGGGACCGGCUUCUAGACACGCUGAGGGAGACCCAGGAUACCCUGGGCCUGACCCAGGGAAAGCUGCAUGAGGUCAGCUAUGAGAGGGAUUCACUACAGAGACAGCUCAACACUGCACUUCCACAGGAGUUUGCUGCACUUACUAAGGAACUUAAUAUAUGCAGAGAGCACCUUCUUGAACGAGAAGAAGAAAUUUCUGAAUUAAAGGCUGAACGAAAUAACACACGGCUGCUUUUAGAACACUUGGAAUGCCUUGUAUCGAGGCACGAGCGCUCUCUCAGAAUGACAGUAGUGAAGAGACAAGCACAGUCUCCAGCAGGGGUAUCCAGUGAAGUGGAAGUCCUUAAAGCACUGAAGUCUUUAUUCGAGCACCACAAAGCUUUAGAUGAAAAGGUAAGGGAACGGUUACGAGUUGCGUUGGAAAGAUGCAGUGCAUUGGAAGAACAGCUAGCCUGUUCUCAUAAAGAGCUGGCUAUUUUGAGAGAGCAGAAUAGCCAAAAGAAAGCUUUGAUUAACAAUGGGAUAGUGGAAAUGAACCACGACUCGGAAAACGUACCGAGCACAAACGGAAAGAGGUCAUCAGAUGGGUCUCUUAAUCAUGAAGAAGAUCUGGCAAAAGUUAUGGAGCUUCAGGAGAUCAUCGACAGACAGACCAAGGAUCUGGGUCAGAUGAAGGAGCGAUUAGCUGCUCUUUCAAGCCGAGUAACUGAAUUGGAAGAAGAUCUUGAUACGGCCCGCAAAGAUCUCAUCAAGUCUGAGGAAAUGAACACUAAGUAUCAGAGAGACGUUCGGGAGGUCAUGGCCCAAAAGGAGGAUAUGGAAGAGAGAAUAACAACCCUCGAAAAACGCUACCUCGCUGCACAACGUGAAUCUACAUCUGUACAUGAAUUCAAUGAUAAACUUGAAAAUGAAAUUGCAAACAAAGAAUCAAUGUUUAGACAGAGUGAGGAGAAGAACCGGCAGGUACAGGAGAGGUUGGAACUGGCUGAACAGAAGUUAAAGCAAACACUAAGGAAAGCAGAGUCCCUUCCAGAGGUGGAAGCAGAGCUAGCACAGAGAGUGGCAGCACUUACCAAGCGUGACUCUGCUGUGUCUGGCGACUCCAUCCUUAAGGAAUCUAAGUUGCUGGAACUUGCCUCAAUACGCAGGAAGGCUGAAGAGAGACAUGGAAAUAUCGAGGAGCGCUUACGGCAGAUGGAAGCACAUCUGGAGGAGAAGAACCAAGAACUACAGAGAGCUCGACAGAGGGAGAAGAUGAAUGAAGAACACAAUAAACGAUUGUCGGAGACGGUGGACAAAUUGCUUUCUGAGUCAAAUGAAAGAUUGCAGCUUCAUCUGAAGGAGAAGAUGUCUGCUUUAGAAGAUAAGAAUGCUCUCAUUCAUGAUCUGGAGAACACCAAAAAACAAAUUGAAGAUGCACAUCAUGAGAAGGAACAACUUCUAAUUGAAAUAGAAACUAUGAGGGCUGAAAAUGAGCAGGCAAGGUUGAGAAGCACUUCUUCACUGCAUCAUGGCCGCGCCCAUCUGGGCAGCACCCCUGAUUUCAGGUAUCCUGUAUCGACUUCCUCUAUGAUGGACAGUCAUACAGACCAAUUCAACACAUCAGUGUUGCGACGCCCGCUAAAAGGCCGUAUGGCAGCCCUUCGAGACGAGCCUUCAAAGCAUGUGCAGACGCUAAACGAGCAGGAGUGGGAGAGAGUGCAGCAAGCCAACGUCUUGGCUAACGUGGCCCAGGCAUUUGAGAGUGAUGUGGAUGUGUCUGACAUAGAGGACGACAGAGAGACUGUUUUCAGUUCUGUUGAUCUGCUGUCCCCGAGUGGUCAGGCUGAUGCCCAGACUCUGGCUGUGAUGCUUCAGGAGCAAUUAGAUGCCAUCAACAAUGAAAUUAGGAUGAUUCAGGAAGAGAAGGAGACGACAGUCCAGCGGGCUGAGGAGAUUGAAAACCGGGUGGGAAGUGGGAGUUUGGAAAAUCUUUGCAGCAAAUUCAGAUCCAUGAACUCCAUUCCUCCCUCUUUCACUGGCUCCUCCCUGGCGGGUUCCUCCCCCCCCGGCAGCGGGCACUCUACCCCUCGCCGCGUACCGCGCAGUUCUGCCCGUGAGGUCGACCGACAAGGUAGCAUGACUUUGCCCUCGUCCUACAAUAGAUUUGUAAUCCAGACCUCAAUUCCCCAUCAGACUGUAGUUUAUCCAUCCAACACUUCUCCUAAUUUGACCCCAUCAUAUAAUGAUUCAUCAUGCAGCUCUCAGUCCCCAGUAUCACAAGAUGACAAAGCUACAAUAAAAUGUGAGACCUCUCCUCCAUCAACACCCAGGUCUAUGCGUUUCCACAAGGGACCCACCCACGCAGCUAGCCAUGAAGAUAUCAGGGAUAUAAGAAGUUCCACCGGUUCCCAGGACGGCCAAGGCAGUAACCCUAGCAGCAGCAACAGCAGCCAAGAUUCUCUUAACAAAGCCCCCAAAAAGAAGAGCAUCAAAUCUUCCAUUGGCCGACUGUUUGGCAAAAAAGAGAAGGGUCGGCCUGGACCGCCUGGCAAAGAAGCUAUGGGCCAAUCAGGUACUCCAGAAGGGGAUACUUCUCCUCAAGAUGCCUUAGGACUUAGUAAACUGGGAGGACAAGUGGAAAAAAAUAGAAAAUUACAGAAAAAUGCAAAUUCAGGACAUGAGCUACUAGAGGAGGCUCGCAGGCAAGGUUUACCAUUUUCACACUGGGAUGGUCCAACUGUAGUUGUGUGGUUGGAGCUCUGGGUUGGAAUGCCAGCCUGGUACGUGGCAGCUUGCAGAGCCAAUGUGAAAAGCGGUGCUAUUAUGUCGGCUUUGUCUGACACUGAAAUACAGCGGGAGAUUGGAAUUAGCAAUCCUUUACACAGGUUAAAGCUACGUCUGGCUAUUCAGGAGAUCAUGUCUUUAACAAGCCCGUCUGCACCACCAACCUCCAGAACGUCCACUGGGAAUGUGUGGCUUACGCACGAAGAAAUGGAAAACCUUGCUGCCUCACCCCAAACGGAGGAUGAGGAGGGCAGCUGGGCCCAGACACUGGCCUAUGGUGAUAUGAACCACGAGUGGAUUGGUAAUGAAUGGCUUCCAAGUUUGGGGCUGCCUCAGUAUCGAAGCUACUUCAUGGAGUGCCUUGUUGAUGCUCGAAUGCUGGACCAUUUGACAAAGAAGGACUUACGGGGGCAACUUAAAAUGGUUGAUAGUUUUCACCGAAACAGUUUCCAGUGCGGUAUAAUGUGUCUACGAAGGCUGAAUUAUGAUAGACAAGAACUUGAAAGGAAAAGAGAAGAAUGCCAAGUUAAAGUUAAAGAUGUUUUAGUAUGGAGCAAUGACAGAGUGGUUCACUGGGUGCAGUCCAUCGGUCUCAAGGAAUAUGCAAAUAACCUGGUAGAAAGUGGAGUCCACGGAGCGCUUCUUGGCUUAGAUGAAACUUUUGAUCACAAUGCAUUAGCGCUUUUAUUACAGAUACCGACCCAAAAUACGCAGGCAAGGGCCGUUCUAGAAAGAGAAUAUAAUAAUCUUCUUGCUCUGGGUACUGAAAGAAGACUUGAUGAGGAUGAUGAUAAGAACUUCAGGAGAGCUCCCUCCUGGAGGAAGAAGUUUCGACCAAAAGACAUUCGGGGGAUGAGUCCUGGGUCAGCAGAAACUCUUCCUGCAAACUUUAGGGUUACCACCGCAAUGUCUUCACCUUCUAUGCAGCCAAAGAAAAUGCAGGUGGAUGGCAACAUAACAGGAGCGCAAAGAAUGGAUUCUGCGACAGUAAGGACCUACUCAUGUUAAUGCCUUCUCCUGGUGAGUUAAAGUUUACCCCCACUAUUUCUAUAGAUGAUUGUGCAGCACUAAAUUGAAGAUGAAGUUUCAGGAUUCAGAAGGGGAUCUCUGAUGUAAUGAUACUACUUAAUAAGGACACUAUAAAUAUUUUAUUACAGAGUUUAAUUUGUGAAUUCACAGAUCUCAUGAUAUCCUAGAGAAAAUAUUUUAGAUUAAAUGUUUCUUAUAUUUAUGUAAACUGAUGGGAUAUUUCAUUUAUUUAGAUCUAAUAUGUAUCUGUUUGCCUGUAUAUUCAACAUGCCUUUUAAUUUUAAAUAACAUUUUUUUAAAUGUGCUUGUAUUUUCAGUCUUGCCCUUUUUCAAAUGCAAUUUUUCCAUAUGUAACUGAAUGUAGCACAAGUCUGGAGUCUGUAUGUGUACGUUCUCCUGUCUCAUAGUCCUGUAAACACUAAGUGAGAUUGACUUAAACUAGUUAAUUGGUCAAGUUUUUCAUAAUUCUGCAAUAUAUUUGUGUAUUAUGCAGGUCAAGAUCAUUUCGUUUUCAGACGGAAAAUCUUUUGACAGUUCAAUGUAUUUUAAAUUUCUUUGUAUGGGUUUUAAAUCUUUAGCAUGUCAGAUUCCACACAAUAAUAUGAUGUAUAUAUAAACCCAUAGAUGUGUUUAACUUUGUAAAUCUUUCAUUGAUACCAAAAUGUACCUUCUAAAAGCCAUACAAGGAGUUUAUUGUGAAGAAGAGAAACACAGUCAUGUGGUGCAUUGUUUGGCAAAAAAAAGUCCCGUCAAGCAGUAAUUUCCUACAAACCAGAGCGUCUAAAAGUUUCCAUUCCUGUCUCCUCUUCAUUAAAGACAUUUGUUAAAAGGAGUUGAUGCAACUGUUUUCUUUUUUAAAGGACCAAUUCCAGAUCACUGUGGCCUCACUUCCAACGGGAAGUUCGUCACAGGAGGCACAGUUUUUAAGACGUCUUAAUCAAGCCUUGUUUUAAUUUAAUUUCUGUCUGUUAUGUUUUGUUUUUAAUAAUUGCCAUUUUUCUAAGAAUGUAUUAUGGCUCAAGUGUUUCUGUGUGUGUUUUCAAUUAUCUGGCAACACCAGGCUUCUCAGUAUUUGUACAUUCUGAUAAUGUUGGGGAAAUUCAACAAAAAAACACAUUUCCAUUAAAACUGGUAUGUUUUUAUUCUGUACUGA